AAUUGCUGCGUGAAGUAGUUACGAGUAAUAUAGGCUCUGUUGUGCAAUUUCUCUUCCAGAGUUAUUGCAGUUCAAUUGGAAAUGGAAGACUUUGAGGAAUCGAAGUCUGACUGUAGUGUGGAAUCUAAUAAACUGCCACCAGUGCGGACAAUGAUGAAGUCAAAGAUUAAUGUGCGCGACCAGAGUUCUAGACGGCAUGGCCCAUUGUCCGCUCCCGCAUCUUCUGGUUCAAACAUUGGCGAAGCAGACACGAAGAAAGCGUCGUGUAUGAGAUCAGCUUCAUUGGAAAACAGAGAAGGCACGAGUAUUAUACCCCGUGAAUAUACCAGCAGCAUAUUUCCUGUGUCUCCUCCGCCAUUGAUGAGAUGGACGAGGACCACAAUUCUUUCAGACAGUAUUUCUAAUCGUCCACCAGCUUUCAAAAAUACAUUUCCAACCGCCAGAAAAAUCGAAAAUGAUGAAGUGACGACUGGUAUGCCGCCUGAAUUGGAAGACGUUGAGACUUCUGCAUUCAGCGCGUAUGAUGCACGUGUAUCGACUAUGAAAUCAUCUCCUCAGAUUGAAAAGGACUCCUUAACACCAGCCACAGCGUCAAAUACCGGAGUUUCUGUUGGAAGGCUGCGAGAAACACUGGAGCAACCUGAUGCUUGCGACAUACCGGUUGGAAGCACGCGUCCUAUCCGACAAAAUUCUGACUCUUCUAAGGUUGUGGCUAAGACGCAGGAUCAGUGCAAGCGUUCUAAGUGUAAGACCUCGCAGAUCUGUCAGUUUUACCCAAAGGAGUUCAAGAACGUUUCCCAGCUCCGCCGGCUUGAACGUGAUCACACUGGAGAUCGACCAUUCAAGUGUGAUGUAUGCGAGAAGUCUUUCACUCUGUCACGCAAUCUAUGUGCCCACAAACGUACUCAUACCGGACGGAAACAGCACAAGUGUAAGACAUCGUCCUUACGUUCAACCGCUUUACGCAGGCAUACACUUAUCCACUCUGGAGAAAGACCUUUCACUUGCAAGACAUGUGGAAGGUCUUUUACGCAGUCAUCCCAUCUCCGCGAACAUGAACGUAUACAUACAGGAGAACGUCCAUAUAGGUGCAGAGAGUGCCCAAAGUUCUUCAGACGUUCAUCAAGUGUUCGUAGACACGAGCGUAUUCAUAACCUACAAUAAAGAUGCUAAAAGUCAUAAGAAGGGUGUU